AUGGAUUUAUUGGGUUUAGGAUCGAAAGUUGAUAUUGAUUUUUUACUUGAUCCACAAGGUCAACGAAAACAAAUUGAAGUUAAACUUGAUGAUAAUAAUACUAAACGAACAUUACAAUAUAUUUAUUAUGAUGGUGAAGAUGUUGGAGGAAUGGUACAAAUCAAAUUAAAAAAGAAUAGUAAAGUAGAACAUCAAGGUAUCCGAUUGGAAUUUAUUGGACAAAUUGAAAUGUUAAAUGAUCGUAGUACAGUUCAUGAAUUUAUUAAUUUAUCAAAAUUACUUGCUUUUCCGGGUGAAUUAAAUGAAAGUACAUCUAUAGAUUUUCAUUUUCCAAAUGUUGAAAAACCUUAUGAAUCUUAUAUUGGUGUGAAUGUUAAAUUAAGAUAUUUUCUUCGUUUAACAAUUAUAAGACGUUUUACAAAUACUGUAUCCGAACGUGAUAUAUGCGUUCAACAAUUAUCUCAAUAUCCUGAAAUAAAUAAUAGUAUUAAAAUGGAAGUUGGAAUUGAAGAUUGUUUACAUAUUGAAUUUGAAUAUAAUAAAUCGAAAUAUCAUUUAAAAGACGUGAUUGUUGGAAAAAUUUAUUUUUUACUUGUUCGAAUUAAAAUUAAACAUAUGGAAAUAGCUAUUUUAAAAAAAGAAAGUACUGGUAGUGGACCAAAUAUUUAUGCUGAAACUGAAACAGUGGCAAAAUAUGAAAUUAUGGAUGGUGCACCUGUUCGAGGUGAAAGUAUUCCCAUUCGACUAUUUUUGGGUGGUUACGAUUUAACACCAACAAUGAAAGAUAUUCAAAGAAAAUUUUCAGUUCGAUAUUUUCUUAAUUUAGUUCUAGUUGAUGAAGAAGAACGACGUUAUUUUAAACAACAAGAAAUUGUUCUUUGGAGAAAACAAGAUAAAAUUAAACAAAAAAAUUCUGCUAGACAAUAUGCACAAUUUGAACCUCCAAAUUUAGCUAUGAAAUCAGAAGAUAGUCUAGCAGGCUUAAGUGGUGAUGAAAAUUCUCCAGUUAAUGGACCUUCAUCAUCUGUGUCUGACGUUGAUCCAUCACAAUUACCUGAUUCAUCUUCAACACCAUUAACACGUGAUUUUAUUGGUUUAUGUAUUGGUAUUUUAUCUGUUGUACUUGUUAUACUUAUUGUAGCUGUAUGUAAAUGGUCUCGUUGUCAAUGUUUAAAACGAAAUCAAGAUCAUGAUGAUCAAUCUGAACGUUUAUCAUCAGUUAUACAAUCAAAUGCAUCGACAUCUCGUACUUAUUCACAGGAUCAUCUUAGUCAAAAUCAACGAUUGUUAUCUUGCAAUCGUUCUGAUGAAGUUAGUGGAUAUAUUAAUAAUACAAGACAUGAUUUCCUAUCACCUCCUCAACAAACUCAUAAUGGACAUACUCGUAAGGAUAUUAAAGUACCACGUGUUACAAUUACAACUUUACCAGUUCAACCUUCUCAACAACUUGUUCCUCGGCUUUCGACUAGUCCACAAGUACCUAGCUCAACAAUGCCACGUAAUACCUAUUCAAUCAAACAAUAA